UAAUUUGUCAAUUUUGUUUUAACACUUGCUUUUCCUAGGACGAUGAUGAGGUUGAGGUUGAGGCUGAUGUUGACACUAAGAUGCGUCCUCCUCCUCCUCCACCUCAGGACAAUGCGAGCACCCAUACAAGCAGGACUACUAGUAGGAGUAGUAGUACCUGUGGUGAAAGUGAGGACCCAGACUGGGAAGAAGGAGAAGGGGAAGACGAGCAGGAAUAUGAAGCAACAGAGGAAGAUCCUGAGUACACGCCUAGGAAAGGAGAAGAGGAGUAGACAGAAGAAGAAGAAGGAGGAGGAAAUGGAAGAUAAGAAGGAUGAGGAAAUGGAAGAUAAGAAGAAGAAGGAAAUUGAAAAUAAGAAGGGAAAGGGAAUGAGGAAAUUUACUGGAAAACAGACACACAGAAGAGAAUACGAAUAAACAAAGUUAAACAACACGUAAAAUAGUAAUUGUGAUAAAAUAAUUUUUCUUUUUUUGUGUUUGACUUUCCAGUUGUGAGUGUCACUUUGUAGGCAAGUGCAUUUUUUCCUGAAGCGUCAAAAUUUACUGUAAUUAAGGGAUUGCUUUUGUGUACCUUCAUGCUACAUGCAUUUAGGACGAAAAUUAAACGUAAUAUUUAUGCGAAUAUGUUUAUAAUUAAAUCUGAAUUUUAUAUUAAACAGGAUGAAUACUUUUACUGUGAACAAUACCCCCCCUCCUCAUAUAAUGUCAUAAUUAAUCUGUACUAUUGUACUGCUAGUAUUUAUGUACGUAAAGAUUCGUUAAAAGGAAUAAAAUUUCUGACGUGAAGA